AUGUCGGGAGGAAAGAAGUGCCUUGCGAUUCGCGAGAUCAAACGAAGCGUGACUGCUCCUGCAGCAAUGGAGAGUGCAUGGCCACACAGACAAUUACAUGCGUCAAUUCGAAGAAACAUUACGUCACGACUUUCCUGCCUCCACUGGUCCUGCCGCUGUAUUGAUAGAAUCCAUUCAGGGUGUGGGUGGAACGAUGCAGUUUACGAAAGGCGAGCGUUCGAAGCUGUACAAAAACGUGGCGGACUGGCGAUAAGUGACGAGGUGCAGACAGGGUUUGGGCGGCUUGGAUCGCAUUUCUGGGGAUUUGAGAGUAAGUCGGUCUUAGCACAAUUUUGCGUCCGAAAACUUCGUGCCAACGUAUUCUCUUGUCAUGUGUGUGCCAAAUACGCUUGA